UUUGUCGAUGUUGCAAACCCACAAACAUCAACACAACACCUCUGCGAUGAUGUUGUCCGCGAUGAUGUUGCAAUCCUUCCCUUCUUCUUCUUCAGCUUCAGCUUCAUCGGCCAUGUCCUAAUCGAUCCAUCGCUCGCUCCUCAUCGUCACCAAUAGCAAAAGGGUUGCGAAAUGGCGAUGUUGGCUCGGCGGAAAGGGGUGUCGCUAGCUGCGGACUACCUCAUUGCCCUGAGGAGUAGGAGGAGGACUGUGGUGGAGGCCUCGCCAUUUCAUCAUGCAGCAGUAGUGGAGGAUGGGUCGAGGAGAAUUUCAGGGUUGAGGAAGGCUGGGUGGAAUUUGGAGGUAGAGUCUGUGUUUGGAAUUGGUAGCAGCAGCAGGAGGGGGAUCAGCGGGGUGGCCAAAUGGAUUGGAGAGAAGGGGGGGAGCUUCGGAGGAGAGCGGGCUCAGCACCAGGGGCCGGUGUCGCUAGGGCGGCGUGAGUACAACCUAUCUUCUUUGCGGGAUCGGCUCAAGGGUGCGACUGGCAAGGUGAAGGAGUCAGUUAUGCCGAAGGGGACUGGUGCUGCAUCGGCGACGGUACCCGAAUUGAGCGUUUGGAAGCCUGUGAAUACCGCGAGAAAGACCGUGAUUGGAUACAGGGAGGCGCUGGGACUUCAGUUGGAAGCUUUCUGGAAGCGGAAUUAUUUGGUUGUGGUCGGGGCUGUGGGAUUCGGGGUUUGCUUGAUCCUAUGGCGGCUUAUGUUUGGGAUCGCCAGCACGUUCGUCAGCCUUUCUGAGGGCAUGGCUAAGUUUGGGUUCCUGGCUCUUGCCGCUGCCAUGGUUACCUUAGGGGGAGUUUGGAUGAGGUCUAGGGUAUCGAUCAAUCCAGACGCUGUAUACCGGAUUGCAAUGAGAAAACUGAAUACCUCAGCACCAGUCUUAGAAGUAAUGGGUGCGCCAUUAACAGGGACCGAUUUGCGUGCCUAUGUCAUGUCUGGGGGCGGUCUACGAAUUAAAGGCUUCAAGCCCCGACUUAGCAACAAGCGGUGUUUUAUCAUAUUUCCUAUCACUGGUGCAGAGAGGAAAGGUCUUGUGAGUAUCGAAGUUAAGAAGAAGAAAGGCCAGUAUGAUUUUAAGUUGCUUGCAGUAGACAUCCCAACAGCAGGUGUUGAUCACCGGGUUUACCUUAUAGGUGAUGAGAAGGAGUACCUAGUAGGUGGAGGACUCAUCGCUGAUCUUCGGGAUCCUAUUGUCAAAGCCAUGGCUGCCCAGAAGGAAUUUGAGGAGCGUGAUGAUAAAGAAGAAGAGGAUGACCUUCAACGGGAAUGGCAGGAGGAACAGGCCCGUGAAAGAGAGACAAUCGAAAGGUUGGAGCGAGAAUCAGCUGCUUCAGAGGAAGUAGUCGCGGCAGAGCAAGCUGAGGAAGUUCUUGCAGAUAAAAAGCUUAAAGAAGUCCACGAAUCUGAACGUUUGCGGGAGGAUCCUAUGAAAGCCUAAAUCAUGCAUUUUUCUUUUAUGCCCACGUCAUAUUCAAGUUGCUGAGUGAUGUGCUAGAUGUCAGGUUGAAACAUCUCCUUCAUAGAAUUUAAUGAAUAAGUACCAGCCCUUUUUAAAUCUCAAGCCUUAAUGAGUAGGGUUGGCUGGCCAUACUCUCAUAUAAUCUUCCACCCAAAUUCCGUAUCCGGCUGCAGGCGACGAUGCUACUCCUUUGGGGACUUUGCAGCGUCGGUUUUGGAACUAUCUCUGAACUUUAUUUUAGUUCUGUCAACAAUCAAGCGUUGAACCCCAUUGAGAUCUCCUCAACAUGUUUCGAGCAUUACAAAGUUUAGGGUUAAUUGACCACAUGUCAGCUGGUGAGACGCUGGGGUAGGAUGAAAUCAGUUGAAAGGUUUUCAGAGCAGGUUACUAAUAAGUGCAUGAAUAUAUUUCUACGGUUAGAUUAGGGAUCAACUGAAUGCAGAUAUUCUACAGCUGUUCAGGUCGGGUUCACUUAACCAAAACUUAUCAAGAGUUCCACAUGAUGGCAUCUGUUCCCUUACUCA